AUGCGGGCACAUCCUAACCAUGAGAAAUACUUGAACAAGAAAAUUGAGAUGUACAAUGAGAUGGCACUUGUUGUUGGACAAGAUAUGGCCACAGGAAGUUUUGCCAAGUCUUUUACCGAUAUUAACUUGGCUGAGAGUUUUGAAAUGGAAUCUAUAGCACCGGAUGAAGUUGACAUAGGCAAAGGAAAAGAAGCAUCGUCAACUAGUAUGCUUUCCGGAAAGAGAAGUUACCGAAAAAGAGGUUGUGAAGCCGACGAAUCAAUUACAUCUCGUUUUAGCUGUGAAAAUGAGCUUUAUGAUGUGGUGAUGAAGAUUACCGAUUUUGACGAUGGCAUAUUGAAUAAUGUGUUUGAUUACUUGGUACAAAAUGAAAGGUUGGCAAAGGCUUUUAUGGCAAGAAAUGAAAAACAUAAAAAGCUUUGGAUUGAAAAGUUUAUCAAUGAACAUGGUGGAUCAUCUACAUGA